GGAGGAGCCGGGCGGGAGGAGAGGCAUCUCCGUGGGCAAGGGCCGCGGCGCGCAGAGCGGCGGGGCCCGCGACGGCGCGGAUGGAGGACUCGCAGGUGUUUUGCGUGGCGGAGGAGCGCAGCGGCCACUGCGCCGUGGUGGACGGAAACUGCCUCUACGUGUGGGGGGGCUACGUGUCUAUUGAAGACAAUGAAGUAUAUUUGCCUAAUGAUGAAAUUUGGACCUAUGAUAUUGAUAGUGGGUUGUGGACAAUGCACCUCAUGGAAGGAGAACUCCCUACCUCCAUGUCAGGAAGUUGCGGUGCUUGCAUUAAUGGAAAGCUGUACAUUUUUGGAGGAUAUGACGACAAAGGAUACAGCAAUCGACUUUAUUUUGUUAAUUUGCGAACAAGAGAUGGAACCUACAUUUGGGAAAAAAUCACCAACUUUGAAGGAAAACCACCCACACCACGUGAUAAGCUUUCUUGCUGGGUAUAUAAAGACAGAUUAAUAUAUUUUGGUGGCUAUGGGUGUAGGAGACACAAUGAACUCCAAGACUGUUUUGAUGUUCAUGAUGCAUCUUGGGAAGAGCAAAUAUUCUGGGGAUGGCAUAAUGAUGUUCAUGUCUUUGACACAAAGACAAAGAGCUGGUUUCAACCAGAAAUUAAAGGUGGAGUUCCACCACAGCCACGAGCCGCGCAUACAUGUGCAGUUCUUGGAAAUAAGGGUUAUAUCUUUGGUGGACGUGUUUUGCAAACUAGGAUGAAUGAUUUGCACUAUCUGAACUUAGAUACCUGGACUUGGUCUGGAAGGAUUCCUAUUAACGGAGAAAACCCUAAACAUCGGUCAUGGCAUACUUUAACACCAAUAGCUGAUGACAAGCUUUUCCUAUUUGGUGGACUAAGUGCGGACAAUAUUCCAUUAAGUGAUGGUUGGAUUCAUAAUGUCCUAACAAAUUGUUGGAAACAAUUGACACAUUUACCUAAAACAAGACCCAGAUUAUGGCACACGGCCUGUUUGGGAAAAGAAAAUGAAAUAAUGGUAUUCGGUGGGAGCAAAGAUGAUUUACUUUCCUUGGAUACAGGUCACUGUAAUGAUUUAUUGAUCUUUCAAACACAACCAUAUUCACUUCUCAGGUCAUGCCUUGACUGCAUUGGUAAAAAUGCUAUAAUUUUAGAAAAUCAAAUAUCUUUAUUACCUCCUAAACUUCUGCAACAAGUACUCAAAAAAAUCACAUUUUGGACUGCAGCAAAGCACCGGGACGAACAAAGAGCCCAAAAAGAAGAAACAGAAAAUAAGUAUCAGCGGAUCAGUAGGAAUUAAGUUGUUACAUACUCUCUAUAUUUAGUGUGUUUAAACAUUUAAAUCAGACCGUAUAUUUACACCCCAAAUUGGAGGCUUUCUUUAGAAGAUAAAGUUUGAAGCAAAAAUGCUAAGUUAAAGUGAUUACAUGGCGUGGGAUAUAUGGGAAUGAGGUGUUAAUGGGAGAUUAAUUUAUAUUUCUAAAAUAAUUUCCUGAUAAGCUACAGGAAAUAAUACUUUCUGAAAGUAAGUACAAUUAUAGGAGAUUUUAACUCACUGUGUACUCAUUACGGGAAAGAUUAUACAAAUUUGAGAAGAAUAAGAAAUUAUCCAAGGACUUUAGAAAUCAUAAUGAUAUAUAAAUGAAUGAUGAUAAUACAUAAAAACACUACAUGUCAACUUUUAGAAAGAACAGAAUUCCUCAAGUCACUUUAAAAUAACAUAAAUCUUCUCAUUAAAUAGCUCAGUUAUUAAAAUAACAUCUUAAAUAACUAAUACAGCUGGCCAAAAGUAUAAAAGAGGCAAAGACUGGUACAAUAUUAACGUUGAAUGCCUACCCUUUUAACACUCAUUUAGGAAAGUAGUCCUACACACACAUCAUUGCAAUUUUCCCUUUUUCUUUUUGUAAGUUUUCUUCAACCUUUAGUUGAGUAGGGAAAUAAAUGUAAUCAAUUGCUUUCUAUUACCACUAAUUUAUUAGUUUGUGUAUAUCUAUAUUUAUAUAUAUAGACACAUACACGCAUACACCCAUGCUUUAAAGUUUCUAAAAUGGAGGUUUAUCUGUCAUACAGUCUUUGAAUUAUUGAGAAGCAGUAUAUUUAUUAACUUUUGAGACAUGUUAAAAUACAUUUUGCCUUGAAAGAAUGCUUCUAAAGUAAUUUUCAUAAACAGUGAAAUGGAAUGGCAAUAUAGUAAUUUGCCUUUAUUGAAACCCCUCAAUUUGGCCCACCCCAUUCUAUAAAGUUGAUGCUUAAGGAUAUUGAAAAUAUGUUAUCUUCCCAUUUAUUUUCAGUAUUAACUGCCUCUACAGAAGAAAAACACUGUAUUGUUAUAUUCUUUUAAAAAGUACUUUUGCCAUAAUUAAGAAAUUGCUCAUAUUAUCAGUCAUAUCCUUCCACUGAAUAGCAAUGUAUUACUAAAAGGCUUUAGUAUGUAAAGUUACUCUCCACAAUACCA